AAAGAAAAUACAAGCAUAAAGAAUGCCACUUAUUUGCGUGAAAGUUCAGUCCUUCUCCAGAACCCAAGUGAAAAGGUUGUGUUCAUUAAAAAUCGCUCUUUCUCAUGUUUGUUUGCUUUCCCAAACAGUACUCACAAUGGUGUCCGGGAAAGAUCAUGAAUGAUCAAGGAUCUUGAGAAGCUCUUUCUGGUUGCUACAACCAAGAUCACUGGGCUUGAUUGUAUGAAUUGGUGAAAAGAAGAAAUCAUUUGAAUAAACUUUCCUGUUUUUGGUGCUCUUCAUACAUUAUUCAUAAUGGUUUCAAGGUCUUAUUCCAACCUUUUGGACCUUGCAUCGGGUGAUACUUCAACAUUUGGCCGUGUUGGAAAGAGGCUUCCUAGAGUCAUGACUGUGGCAGGGAUAAUCUCUGAACUGGAUGAUGAUAAUUGCAAUAGUGUUAGUUCAGAUGUUCCGUCCUCAAUCUCUCAGGAACGAAUGAUCAUAGUUGGAAACCAACUUCCUCUACGCGCCCAUCGAAGAUCCGAUGGUGGGGGUUGGAAUUUCAGCUGGGACGAGGACUCGCUUCUUUUACAGCUCAAAGAUGGUCUAGGAGAAGAUGUUGAAGUGAUCUAUGUAGGUUGCUUACGAGAGGAAAUCGAUCCGAGUGAACAAGAUGAUGUUGCUCAAACCUUGCUUGAGACCUUUAAAUGUGUUCCCGCAUUUCUUCCACCUGACCUAUUCACUAGAUUCUACCAUGGUUUUUGCAAGCAGCACUUGUGGCCUUUGUUUCACUACAUGCUUCCCCUCUCACCUGAUCUUGGUGGCCGGUUUGAUCGUUCUCUCUGGCAAGCUUAUGUGUCUGUCAACAAGAUAUUUGCGGAUAAAGUAAUGGAAGUAAUCAACCCUGACGACGAUUUUGUGUGGGUUCACGAUUACCAUUUAAUGGUGCUACCAACCUUUUUGAGAAAGAGGUUUAAUAGGGUGAAGCUUGGGUUUUUCCUUCAUAGUCCGUUCCCGUCAUCUGAAAUCUACAGGACACUUCCUGUUCGGGAUGAGCUUCUUCGAGCCCUACUAAAUUCUGAUCUAAUUGGUUUCCACACUUUCGAUUAUGCCAGGCACUUCCUUUCAUGCUGUAGUAGAAUGCUUGGCCUAGCUUAUCAGUCCAAACGAGGUUACAUAGGGCUCGAGUACUAUGGUCGCACAGUCAGUAUUAAAAUUCUCCCUGUAGGAAUUCACAUGGGUCAGCUUCGGUCGGUGAUGAAUCUUCCGGAGACUGAAUCACGAGUUGCUGAGCUAAUGGAUACAUUUAAAGGUCAAACUGUGUUGCUGGGAGUUGAUGACAUGGACAUUUUUAAAGGGAUCAGCUUGAAAUUGCUCGCUAUGGAACAACUGCUCAUGCAACACCCUCAUUGGAGGGGAAAGGUUGUGUUGGUUCAAAUAGCAAACCCUGCAAGAGGAAGAGGGCGAGAUGUCCAAGAGGUUCAAAGUGAGACUUGCUCAACCGCAGAGAGGAUAAAUGCGAAAUUUGGGAGACCUGGUUAUAAACCAGUGAUUUUGAUUGAUACCCCACUUCAGUUUUAUGAGAGAAUUUCUUAUUACAUGAUUGCUGAAUGCUGUCUUGUUACAGCAGUGAGGGAUGGUAUGAAUCUCAUACCUUACGAAUAUAUUAUAUGCCGACAUGGAAAUGAGAAACUAGAUGUGGCAUUGCAAGUAAACCCAUCCACCCUUAAGAAGAGUAUGUUGGUGGUGUCAGAGUUCAUUGGUUGUUCUCCAUCACUGAGCGGAGCGAUCCGUGUUAAUCCAUGGAACAUUGAUGCUGUGGCUGAAGCUAUGGACUCUGCCUUGGGGGUCCCUGAGUCUGAGAAACAGUUACGUCACGAAAAACACUACAGAUAUGUAAGCACACACGACGUGGGGUAUUGGGCACAUAGUUUCUUACAGGAUCUAGAGAGAGCAUGCAGGGAUCAUUUGAGGAGAAGAUGUUGGGGAAUUGGGUUUGGUUUAGGAUUUAGAGUUAUCGCACUUGACCCGAACUUCAGGAAGCUUUCAGUUGAGCAUAUAGUUUCUGCAUAUAAAAGAACAAAAAACCGAGCUAUUCUGUUGGACUAUGAUGGUACUAUGAUGCCACAGACAUCCAUCAAUAAAACUCCGAAUCCGGAGGCAAUUGGUUUCUUGAACAGUUUGUGCAGGGACCCGAAGAAUGUUGUCUUCCUUGUUAGUGGGAGAGAUAAGACAACUCUGACUGAGUGGUUUUCAUCUUGUGAGAAGCUUGGUAUCGCAGCUGAACAUGGUUACUUCGCAAGGCUAAACCAAGACGAGGAUUGGGAAACUUGUGUGAAUGUGGUGGACUUUGACUGGAAACAGACUGCAGAGCCCGUGAUGAAGUUGUACACUGAAACAACUGAUGGUUCUACUAUAGAGACCAAAGAGAGUGCACUUGUUUGGCACUACCAGUAUGCAGAUCCAGAUUUUGGGUCAUGCCAGGCUAAGGAGCUACUUGAUCACCUAGAAAGUGUUCUUGCGAACGAGCCAGUCUCUGUCAAGAGUGGCCAACAUAUUGUCGAAGUUAAACCUCAGGGUGUCAGCAAGGGUCUGGUAGCAGAACGUCUCCUAUCAACAAUGCAACAAAAGGGCAUGCUACCUGACUUUGUUCUUUGCAUUGGUGACGAUCGAUCAGAUGAGGACAUGUUUGAAGUCAUAACAAGUGCGGUGGAAGGCCCGUCUCUCUCCCCUGUAGCUGAAGUUUUUGCUUGCACGGUUGGCCAAAAACCAAGCAAAGCAAAGUACUAUUUGGAAGACACUACAGAAAUAGUCCGAAUGUUACAAGGACUUGCUACAGCUUCAGAUCAGGCCACAAGGAGCUCAUCUCAACUUUCUCACUGAAUGCUGCUGAUGAAAACAAGCCGAAAAGUGUGUCCGAGGACAUUUAUCCUACUGUUUUUGAUUUAUUUGCGUGUUUUGCCUUUCUUCUAAUUUAAACUAAUUACUAAUCCCUCCGUUUCAUAAAGACAGUCCGCUUUGACUUUCUCAAAAUAUUAAGGGGACCAUAUUAUUUUACUUGACUAUCCUUAGUUACUUACCUAUUUUAUUUUAAUAAAAAUGAUAGCAAUAAAGACAA